AUGGCCAUGAAUAGUAUUCCUUAUGAGUUUCUGAAACCUUUAAAUAUGGCAUUUGAUUUACUAGGUCGCAGUAACAUAAAAUAUUUCGAUGGAAAAGAUUCAGGUUUCAAGAAAUACUGGAGAUUUCUUUAUGUAGUGCCGUGUGCAUUGACACACUUUAUUUUUGAAACACUCUAUGUUAUUUCACUGUUGACUAGCGACUCACCAACAUCAGAAAUUUCUUGGAUGAUACCUGUUUAUUUAAUUUUAUUUCAAGGUAUUAUAAAGGCUACUGUAGUUUGUAUCAAGAAAACAGAAAUCGAGACUAUAGUUGAAGGCCUCGGAGCUAUUUGGAGAACUGAUGAAAGACUUACAAGAAAUCAAAUAGAAAAAAAGCAAUAUCGCUUAAAAAAUUUCAAUUUUUGUCUUACAGUGCUGCGUUUCAUUUAUGUAUAUAUGGGUACUGAAUGUCUUAUGAUAUCACUCUGCUCGCAAAUGAGCACGGACUUCGCUUUACUGCAAGAAGAUUUAAAAUGUAUUGUUGUAAACAAAAAUGGAAAUAAAGAGAUAUCACAAUUUACUACCUCACAAACGACUAUUGAAGAUAUUGUUGCUCCGGAGACUACAGAAUUUCUGAAAAAUUUUAGCGCGGCAUUGGCACUUAUGGGUCCUAUUUAUAUUCUUUGUUACUAUGCUGAACAAUUGCAGGAAGAGAUGGCAAAUACUGCAGAAUCACUUAAAUGUUUGGCCGCCACUAUAGCCCUAUUGUUUCCAAUUUACAUGCUCUGUUUCUAUGCGCAACAACUUGAAGAAGAGGUCCCAAAAGCCCUGUUGUCUUAUGUCACUGAAUUAUGCAAGGAUUAG